GUGCAAUGUUACGACUGAUAUCAAAUCUUUCUCUCCGAGAUUCUCGACUAAACAACUCGAGAAAUCUGUUUAUAAAGAUAUGAGCAAAGCCUACACAUGGCAGUAGUAUAUGUUGUAAUCAAAGAUGCCACUUCUUAAGGACCAACGCUUCCAUUGAAGUGUUUGAGUUCAAGAGGCCUGCUAAGGCACAAUGAAAGCCAUUGUAUCAAUUACAUUGAUCGCGCUACUAUGUGGGAUAAACUCAGCACCCAUUAAUGCCAUUAAAAUAUGUGCCAGCAGAAAGAAAAGUUUUGAAAAUCUUUCCUUAAAACAAAAUAUACCCAGUGUACCUGAAAGUGUACCCAGCAACAGUAAUGUAGCUCAUACCACAACAGAUGACAAUAUUAAAUUUGAAGAGUGUACUAACCUUUGCCAUGCGCUAUGGCGAGAAGAUAAGACUGCAAAUGGAACAGAAAUUAUCAUUUUAUCCCAAGGUUGUUGGAAACAAUCAGGUGAACAAAAAUGUGAAACUUCCGAAUGUAUUGCUCUUCAACAUUCUACCAAGGCAUUGAACAACACCAAAUUCUGCUGUUGUCAUGGAGAUUAUUGUAAUCUCAAUAUUAACAGCACUAAUCUUCCAUAUUCUGAUAGCAAAGUACAUAACUCUAUUCCUAAAGAAAAUAAUCAACCAAUUCUUUCAGCAACAGAAUACUUGGAACAAUCGGAUUCUGGAAGAUGGAUACUUAUUAUAAUGAGUGUCUUAGUUUGCAUAUUACUAGUGAUAUGUAUUUUAGCACUAAUGGUAUAUCGUAUGUAUCAUACCAACAUGUUAUCAAGAUUAGGAAAACCACUCUCUUACACAGAUCAGUUUAUGGACAGUACAGCACUAAGAACUGGUACUUAUACAGUGGAUCAUUUGAAACUUACAACGAUUGUGGGACAAGGACGAUAUGGUUCUGUAUGGCAAGGUAGUAUGGGAGAUCAAGACGUUGCUGUAAAAAUAUUUCCUUCUCACUAUCGUAAUUAUUUUCAAAAUGAGCGGGAUACUUAUUGCCUCCCCUUCAUGGAACACCCAUCUUUAUUAAAUUAUUAUGGUGUGGAUGAAAGAGUAAGCAUGGAAGGCAGCAUCGAAUAUCUUUUGGUACUUAGUUUUGCACCAGGUGGUACUUUGACGGAUUUCUUAAAAACUCGUACAGUUGAUUGGCCCAUAUUCUGUAAAAUGGGUCUUUCUAUGGUAAAAGGACUUGCUUACUUACAUACUGAUAUACACAAAGGUGAUAAAUUUAAACCCUGUAUCGCGCAUAGAGAUAUUAACUCAAGAAAUAUACUAAUUAAAGCUGAUGGAACUGCUUGUAUAUGCGACUUAGGAUUGGCAGUUCAAAUUUCUGGUUCCAAAUAUUACUCAAACGGGGAAGAACAACACGCGGAGAUAAAAUCGAUCAAUGACGUUGGCACUUUAAGAUACAUGGCCCCAGAAGUACUGGAGGGUGCUGUUAAUUUACGAGAUUGUGAAAGCUCUUUAAAGCAGAUAGAUGUUUAUGCAAUGGGUUUAGUCCUGUGGGAAUUAGUUUCAAGAUGUUCCGACAUCUACAUGCCAGGCUCAGAAAUACCUGUGUACAGACAACCAUAUGAGAAAGAGAUUGGCCUUCACCCGACAUUCGAACAAAUGCAAGUUUUAGUUUCUCGUAAUAAAGCUAGACCGUUGCUAGAGGGUAACGUAGUAGACAGACCGGGAGUACGUUUGAUUAGGGAAACGAUGGAAGAUUGCUGGGACGCAGAUGCGGAAGCUCGAUUAACUGCUUUAUGUAUAGAAGAACGUCUUUCAGAGCUUCAGUCCCAUAGAGUGGCCAUGCACUUCACAGAUGGUAGUCCAAUGGUAAAUUCCCAUUGCACCUUAGUGCCUUCAACUACAAACAGUCUUUACAGUGAAACUUCGCAUCACGAUAACGCUCACGUCGCUUAUUUAUCAUUACACAUGGUACAAGAUAAUACAAGUAAUGAGGGCAUUGCUGAAAAUUUGGUAACAUUAUCACCCUCUGAAAGUAUUGUUCACGAGCAUAGUUUUAAAAAUUCAAACGAAGUAGCAGUAUACAAUCAUACUCAAACACUUCAGCCUUAUCAAGGACGAAAUCCUUGUAUGGAAAGAAAUUUAAUGUUACCGUCGGAUUCGUUUGAAGAACUGGGGUGUAACGGUAACGUACUUGUUGACAAGUCCAUGAAGCACACGUGUAACGAUCAAUACAGAAUCGUGUCAGAAGUGCAGGGACUCGUUUCUCAUGAUUACUUGAGCCAACACACGACGCAACUGACACAGCUGAGACCAGUAACUCCUAUACCGUACGUUCAAAAUGUUAUUUCCGACGAUGGCACGACGUCGUAUGGUAAACGUAAACAAACAAACAUACACGAGGUCUGUUCACAAGAAAGUCCUAGGAAAAAAUUGUUCGGGUGGCCAAGUCUGAAAAAGUUACUUGUUAAUAAAAAGAUGCAUACCUACAAUAAAUACCAAAUAGAUAGAGAAGAUUCGAAAUCGAAUUUACUAUCCAAACAGAAUGUGCAAAUCAAAACGGUUGAAACGAAUGUAACAAUAUCUCCAGGGGGAAAGUAUGUGAAUGGUAUUAUUACUAAGGCACCUGCUUCUACAAUUGCAUUGGAUAAAAAUGACAAAAAUGCUGUACAAGUUGGAAAACAGAAACUAGAGAAUGAUAACAAUACAAAUACACGACCCUCUACUUUGCCUCUUGUUCAUUUGAGAAAUAAAAAGACCGUGAAUAAUCUCAGUAGGCAGGAGAGUAUCGAUAAAUUCAACGAGGUUUUCAAUGUCGGAUCUAACGUAAACGUGUUAAAAGAUCCACAUAUGAGAAUAAAAACACCAGGGGAUUUGCCACCCUCUGUAAGAAAAGUUCGUGGUCGUGGACAAUCAACCGCAAGAUUUUCUCUUUACGAUGAUCGAAUGAUGUGCAAUAUUUUAAGCGAAGAAGAUGACCGUAGCGAUAAAGCCCUUUGGAAUUCUGUACCAUUCGGUAUGGAUUUCGGCGACAACGACGAAAAACAUUCGCCAACUAAACUUAGUACCAAAAACGUUACUUGCUUUUAA